UCCGCCGGCGGCCUCGCCGCGGCCGGCCGCGCAUGGAGCAACUACAAUUCCCAGGAGACCGCGCGGUGGGCGGGGCAAGGUAGUGGGCGAGGCAUCGACUGGCUGGGUCUCUCCGCACAGCGCCAGUCGCAGAGGAAGAUGGCGUCGCGGAGGCUGUGGUCGUUUUUUCGCGGGCUGCCGGCGCUGCUACUGCUACUGCUGCUGCUGUUCUUGCUUGGGCCCUGGCCCGCGGCGAGCCACGGCGGCAAGUACUCGCGGGAGAAGAACCAGCCCGAGCCGCCCCCGAAACGCGAGUCUGGGGAGGAGUUCCGCAUGGAGAAGCUGAACCAGCUUUGGGAGAAGGCUCAGCGGCUACAUCUUCCUCCCGUGAGGCUGGCCGAGCUCCAUGCUGAUCUGAAGAUACAGGAGAGGGACGAACUCGCCUGGAAGAAACUAAAGCUUGACGGCUUGGACAAAGAUGGGGAGAAGGAAGCGAGACUCAUACGCAACCUCAAUGUCAUCUUGGCCAAGUAUGGUCUGGACGGGAAGAAGGACGCUCAGCAGGUGGCCAGCAACUCCCUUAGUGGCACCCAGGAAGACGGGCUGGAUGAUCCCAGGCUGGAAAAGCUGUGGCACAAGGCAAAGACCUCUGGGAAAUUCUCCAGCGAAGAACUGGACAAGCUCUGGCGGGAGUUCCUGCAUCACAAAGAGAAAGUUCACGAGUACAACGUCCUGCUGGAGACCCUGAGCAGGACCGAAGAAAUCCACGAGAACGUCAUCAGCCCCUUGGACCUCAGCGACAUCAAGGGCAACGUCCUGCACAGCAGACACACGGAGCUGAAGGAGAAGCUGCGCAGCAUCAACCAGGGCCUGGAGCGCCUGCGCAGGGUCAGCCGCCAGGGCUACAGCACGGAGACCGAGUUCGAGGAGCCCAGGGUGAUUGACCUGUGGGACCUGGCGCAGUCCGCCAACCUCACCGACAAGGAGCUGGAGGCGCUCCGGGAGGAGCUCAAGCACUUCGAAGCCAAAAUCGAGAAGCACAACCACUACCAGAAGCAGCUGGAGAUCGCACACGAGAAGCUGAGGCACGCAGAGAGCGUGGGUGACGGCGAGCGUGUGAGCCGCAGCCGUGAGAAGCACGCCCUGCUGGAGGGGCGGACCAAGGAGCUGGGCUACACGGUGAAGAAGCAUCUCCAGGACCUGUCCAGCAGGAUCUCCAGAGCUCGGCACAACGAACUCUGAAGGCGUCGGGGAACCCGGCCCGGCAGGGAAGAGGCCAGCAUGAAGGACCUGGGCUCUUGGCCGUGGCAUUUCCGUGGACAGCCUGCCGUGAGGGUAACUGGGGCCGGCACAGGUGUCGCAGCAGGAAGGAUUGUUUCUGGUGACUGCAGCCGCUGCUGUCACAACACAGGACUUGGUGGUGGUCGCGUCUGGGUCUGAGAUGGGCCCAGCUCUGACUGAGGGGGUUGUCUUCCACUCAGCGUCAGCGUGGCAGUCACCACCCCAGUGAGGACCUCGAUGUCCAGCUGCUGUCGGGUCUGACAGUCUUCUUGUUAAACAACACGAUUUACAUAAAAAAAUCUUACACAUCUGCCCCUGGAAAUACUAUGUACAAAGUCCUUAAAAAAUAUAGUGCAGUAUUUAAACCA